AGAUUUUAAAAAAGGCACCGCGAGUCAAAACUGCCCCGAACCAGACGUAUUUGUUUUUGUCAGCUUUUAAGUUCAUCAUAGAAUUUCAUCACUGCUUCAGAAACUCAUCACCAGCGGGCUGACGCCUGAAACAGAUAAAUCCAACAAAAGAACAGUAUCUAGUUAUUAAAAUAGCACGAGCUUUUGAAUACAAACGAAAUUCGCUUUCCAGAAUGAGCGGUAUUUUUUUCUGGCGUUAAUUGCCUCCAGCUUUAUCUCGGGUUCACCAAUCAGCUUGCGAUCGCCGAAGAUAAACUUUCACUUAGUUUGUUUGCCCUGUGGAUUAUACUCAAUUGUACAAACAAAUCAACAUUACAUCAAUUUAUUUUCCGUGACAAAAAAAUAUCCUCGAAAAGAAAAUGCUUAGUAUAGUAACUGAAAAUGGAGACCUACUGUUUGAGUUGCAGGACGGCUGAUUGUGAACAUUUGAUAUGCAGCAAAGAAGUCUAUACGCGCGUACGUAGCGAUGCGGAAUAAUUAAUCUUGAGACUUAACACACCUAAUACGAUACGGCUUUAUCUGAUAGUGCGAUAUUCAGGAUAUAGAUUAACAGUGGUUGUCAGUUCUGAGUUUCAUUUUGAACCUGGGCUCUAAUGUAAUUAACAGCAAAAAGUGGUGACUAAUUAAGUCAGGCCCAUUCACCCUGGUAAACGUGGUGUGGGAAGGACAAAACUGACAACUAUGGAUGUUGAUUCAACAACGCAGAAACCGAAAAGCAAAACGAAAGUGCACCGGGUUAAGUCGUGCCCGCUACCUUUUGAUUUAAUCCUUCAAAUCGCGUGUAGUAAGGACUCUUUGGAUUCAGAAUUUACCGAAGCGAAGAAGUUUGUCGAGUUGCUGCGUCGGAAAGGAAAAGAAUUUCAACUGGAUGCCAUUAGCGCUUCUGGAAUGACUGCCCUUACUCAGUGUGUGCUAGACGGCAAUUUGAAGAGCGUCAAGGCUUUGGUCGAACUGGGAGCAAAUGUUAACAAGAAGGACGGACUAGGAUCAACUCCUUUGCACCACGCAGCAAGUGAGGGAUACAUCAACAUCGUCAAGUUCUUGUUACGCUGCAACGCUGAUGUACGAGCGCUAAAUAGAGAACAACAGAUGCCUAUUGAUGUGGCAGAUGGGGAUGAUGUACGCAAACUGCUAUCGCGUGUCACUUUGUUUUACUCACCCAUUAGCAAAAAGUUGACAAGACAGGCCAGUUUGCCAGCUUCCAUCUGGCUAUGAAUACCCAAGCUUUUCAUCUGAUGUAUUGAUUUGAAACAGUAACAUAUAGACACGAAUAUUAACCUCUAAAUUAGUUUGACUCCUUCGUGACAAAGAUCGCUGUCUUCAGUUGAAAAAAACGUGCUUUCCUGCAAGUCUUUAUCAGCGAAAUCGGAAAAGUGGUGACGAUGAUAUGAAAGAUCAAGAGGAAAACAUAAAGGACUUUACGCUCGUCCCUAGGGCCUACUCACACGGACUGUUCUGGCCGUGUGGACGAUACUAGAUCUCUUUUAGAAACAGUGUUGCGUAACACAGAAAGAGAUAAGUAUAAUUAACAGCGCUAGCUAGGGGCGAACUGAACUUUUUGAUGUAUGAUUUGGCUUGUUCCGUGAAAUCUAACUACUGACCUAAAGCUUGGACUUUUUUUCCCGAUGGUCUACAACACUGGCAAUUUGCCGAAUGCUCAAGAAUGUGUACAAGAAGGGGUCACCAGCAUCACUAAUUACUAACAGAAACGUAAACAAAACGACAGACAAAUGACCCAAAGUUUUACUGAUAAAUUGUUUAUUAUCUCCA